AUGAAAGAAACAUUAAAGCGAUUAAAAGAUCUAAAUGCCAAAGAAUGGCAUAUAAUAUGUAUUUCUGGAUUAGAAAAAUGUGGAAAAUCAACUUAUAUCAAUGUACUUCUUGACGAUGGCAUUCCACUAGCUGCUGCUGAACGUUGUACACAAAUUUGUACAGUUCUCAAACCGCUUGUGAGAGAUGACUUAGAUUUAUUUACAAUUGUUAGAUUUUAUGAUGAUCAGGGAUUUGAACGUUAUUUUGGACAAAUAACAAGAAAACCCGAUGAACAAGAAGAUGAAUAUCAAUCAAGACAAAGAAAAAGUAAAAAUUAUGAAUUAUUGGAUGUUCCUGGUUUUGAUUCUUCUAUCAAAGAACAUCGAGGAGUUGCUUUUAAAGUUAUACAAUCGGUUGAUGCAUUUUUAUAUGUUACUGAUGGCCAACGUCCAAGUUUACAAAACGAUCAAAUUAUUCUAUUAAAUGAAAUUCAACAUGAUCGAAAAUCAUUAUGA